CUCCUAGAAGUGAAAAUCAACAAAUGCCCACACAGUUUUAACAACCAUACUUUGUGUUUCCAUGUUUUCACAUAUAGAGGCGUAAUGAAUUUAAACUUUACGCUCCCAGGGCACAACUUUGCCGGCUUUGGUGCGCUGGCGCAGAGACUUUUUGGGAAUAACUCACUGUUUCCAUUUGAAAACGCCACCGCCGCUUCCAAGACGGACGAGGAAGACUUGGAAGUUAACACGGACGUUUACUCCAGGGUGGUCGUCACUGUCAUCUACGCUGCUCUGUUCGCUGUGGGCUCUUUGGGAAACUCCAUCACCCUGUACACCCUGCUGACCAAAAAGACCCUGCAGAACCUCCAGAGCACCGUGCACUACCACCUGGCCAGUCUCGCCGUCUCCGACCUGCUGAUCCUCGUCCUCUCCAUGCCCAUCGAGCUCUACAACUUCAUCUGGUUCCACCACCCAUGGGUGUUCGGGGACGCCGUGUGCAGGGGUUACUACUUCCUCCGGGACAGCUGCUCCUACGCCACAGCGCUCAACAUCGCCAGCCUGAGCGUGGAGCGCUACAUGGCCAUCUGCCACCCGUUCAAAGCCAAGAGCAUCAUGUCUCGCAGCCGCACCAAGAAGCUCAUCAGUGCCAUGUGGAUCGCGUCCUUCGCGCUCGCUGCGCCGAUGCUGUUCGUUAUGGGCCAAGAGUCACGUCAAGGCGAGAAGAUAUGCACCGCUAUCGUCUCUCCCGUCACCAUCAAGACCGUGCUUCAGAUUAAUGCAUUUCUGUCCUUUGUGAUACCCAUGGUGGCCAUAUCUGCACUGAACGGGGUCAUAGCCAAUCAGCUGCUGCGAAUGUUCCGCGAAGCAGAGCAAGAAAACCGUGUCUGCAUCAUUGGGGGAAAUCCCACCAUGCUGAAUGUCACCGUGGAGCCCAACCGUGCUCAGUCCCUUCGACAUGGAGUUCUUGUUCUCCGAGCGGUGGUCAUAGCCUUCGUGGUGUGCUGGCUGCCCUAUCACGCUCGCCGCCUCAUGUUUUGCUACAUCUCUGAGUGGUCCGAUAACUUGUAUGACUUCUACCACUAUUUCUACAUGCUGACAAACGUCCUGUUUUACGUCAGCUCAGCCAUCAAUCCAAUCCUCUACAACCUGGUGUCAGCCACCUACCGCCAGAUCUUCUUCUCCACGCUGCGCUACUUCUGCGUGCCCUGCCGCCACACACCCAGGAGGCACCCCCACCCCCUAACCCGCCACUCCAUCAGCAUCUCCAGUAACCAUACCCUCUCCACCAACAUCAUCAAAGAGACAGCAUACUGAUUGAACUGCAAUGGAAUACACUUUCUGAUACUAUAAACCCAUCUGCAGCCACCUUGUGAUUUCUCCACCAACUUCAUCGAGGAAAUUCUGGAACUGGUUUGGAGACUGUUGGCACAGGCUAAGCCAGCACUGGGAUCACCAUCAUUGUCAUGUGGGGUCAAGUACCCACUCUGAAACCACUGUGAUCUAAUUUCAUAUGCACGCUGUAUUAUGUGUUUGUGUGUUGUGUCUUUAUUCAUUUAACAUGAGUUUGUGGGAUUAAAAAAAAAUAAAUAAUGAUUGGACGAUGAAAGAAAAAAAAAGGUGAAAAGGAUGGACAAACAGAGUGAAAAAGCAUCUCUUAAAAUGGAAACUGAUAUGUAAAUGUUUUGUACAGUAUAUUUCUAUGUACAUGUUUUUAAUGGACCCAUCAUUCACACUUGCUUGGUGUUUGUACAGUGUUCAUGGCUCUACUGUUUCAGUGUUUUCUAAGAAUCAACCUCUUGAAAGUACUUUCUCUACAACAAAUGACCUCUGGCAAUACUUUCACCCCAACAAAAGUUCUGAUGUAACCCUCCAUUGUGCUAUUUUUGGUGAGGAUCUGACGAUAAACUGGCUUUGAUGUUAGAAAAAAAGGGGCAGAGAGUUGGUAUUUCUCUUUCCUGAAUCCAAGUUGCAUUGACAGGAGGGAAGAGUCUUGCAUCAUUACCACUAUCUUCUCUUGCCUUGCUUUGUUCCAAGCAGCAUUAGAGUCCAGGUGAAGCAAAAUCACUGAUUUCUUUCUAGAUACAUUAUACUUGUUAGAAAAUUGAGCACAUAGCAGCAGUGUCAUCUCCUUCAGUCCCUGUGUGUGAGUGACAAGUUUGCUACAUUCAGUAAGCUCUAUUAACUGGACAGGUCACCAGACUAUCAAAGGGCUGACACAUAGAGAAGGACAACCAUACAUGCUCACGUUCACACAUACAGGCAAUUUAGAGUCACCAGUUAACCGAGCCUGCAUGUCUUUGGACUGUGGGAGGAAGCUGGAGUACCCAGAUUAAACCUAUCCUGAUAUGGGGAGAACACGCAAACUCCGCACAGAAGUGAUGUGCCACUAUAGACCGUGCUACUGAGUUAGCUGUCACUUUGCAGCAGCUCGUUCGUCAGCUCAGCCUGCAUCUCAGAGCACAGAAUACUGGUUAUUUUUUCAGCAUUUUGAAACCCAAUUUAUAUACUUGGUGAUUUUUGUAAAAGUAGUUUAAGUAAAAACUUUUUUGAACAUAGGGUGAGUACAGUUGAUAAUAGAUCCCUAGACUCUGAAAUAAGAAUGUGAAUGAAAUUGAAAACAUUGCAUACAAAGAUUAUGAUUACUUCUGGUAAUUGUUUUCUGCAUUCAUUAAAAAAAUGUGAAGUAAGUGUGUAGACAGAGGAGAAGUGGCUGUAAGUGACUCUUUGAAGUAUUUGUACAUAAGUGACCAUGUGGACUCGUUAGAAAUUAAUUAAUACAAAGACACAAGUAUGCUUACCUGGAACAUAGUGUCGCAUGUGGGAGCAGAAAAGGAGCACUUCAACAGUUACAGAGCACCCACGCUAAUAUCUCCCACCGGCUGCUGCUUGAGCAGUUGGAGGCAGGAACAGAUCAGGGGACUCAAACAUUUUCUUUAAGAGCAAAACCAAGAUGUGAAACAAUCUGGAUUCUCUGUCAUUAUGGCACUCAAGAAGUGCUGUGGGGGAUUAGAAAAUCGCCAUUGCCAUCAUUUAUCCAUGAUUCAGCAACAGCAUUUUGAAAAGCCAGAAAAUUGAGCUUGUGCAAGGGGCCACUCUUUUAACCAGAAUGGUUAUUACUAGCCCAGUGCACUUAACCAGUAUCCCUAAAAAAUUCUGCACCUUAAUGUUCAGUGCCAAUGUUUAGUGCCAAUGUGAGAAGUAGUGUGCCCUUUAUGUAGCAUGGCAGAAAGGAGGUGGAGGUCAAGGUGCUUACAGACCUGCAGUUAAUGUUUGCCAUUCUUAUGCCUCCAUGCUGGCAAUAUCCAUGGCUGGAGUCAUUAUGUAUUUGGGAAUAUCCCGUGAAUGCAGUAUCCCAAGGUAUCAUGAGGCAAAUUUUUCAAAUUUAACACAAAUAUCCACUUUGACUUGAAUUGAUUAGGUUACAGCGGUCAAACGUCAAGGUCACUGUGACCUUGUCUAUCUUAUUCUCAUGAACGUGACAUCUCAAGAACUCCCUGAGGGAUUUUUUUUUUUUUCUUUUUUCAAAUUUGGCACAAAUGUCUACUUUGAGUCGAGGAUGAACUGAUUAGGUUAUGUUGCUCUAAGGUCAAGGUCACCAUGACCAUGACCUUGACCUCUGUGGACCGCGCUAACGUGUGCGCGCUAACGUGUGCACGCUUGCGUGCGAGACCAGCGAAAGCAUGUGAACACACAUGAAGGCGGUGCCCAGGUCUCACGGUCUCGCGCAAGUGCACACAUGUCAGCUCAGUGUACAGAGAGGCAGUCAGAGCUACAGGCUACAAUGAGGCUAAAACAACUUUUUAUGUCGGGGCUUCAGGACACUUGGGUCACUACGAAAGAGCAGUAUAGAGGUAUUUUGUGGUUUCAAUUAUGUGCUCUUGGACGUUUUAAUCUGGGUCGCCAUCAGCCAUUAGGUGUGCAGUUGUGCUGCUACCCCCUCUCCCCUUGGAUCUCUGCAAGGGAUGUGAGGACUCUUAAACUUCACCUGAGCCUCCCUCAGUAUAUGGGUGAGUAGAUAAUGGCUGAAUGUUCAUUUUUGGGUACACUAUCCCUUUAAAGCAAGGUGAAGGGGGUGGGGAGUGAUUUAUAUAUUAUCAAGAAAUCCGACAGGCUCUCAUUUUAGAAGCAGACCUUCGCCUUAACAUUAACUAUACCUCAACCAGAGUUAAUUUGCCAUAACCUCAGAAUUCUAAAAACAUUAGCAAAGAAGCUAAAAAGCACUGUCACUGGAUGUAAUCAAGAAUUAUGCUGAAAUGUCCAGACAUUUUUGCCUGGCAAUGGCUUAAUUAUACACACAAAAUACCACUAAGAACAGGGAAUACAAUUAUUGUUGAGUAAUUUCCUAUCUAAGUAAAUCCACAUUUGAUACAGGACCCUGAGUGAGAAGCUGUUUUAAUGGGUCAUUGUAAUCAUAUUAGUUGAAAUCUGCCAAGUUUUCCUCUGUAGAAAAUUAAUGGACAGCCAGUGACUUGGUGCUUGUCUUGUCAUUAUUCUGAGGCAUAGGUGUUUACAGUGUGUAGAGUAUGAGGGCAAUGCUGUCUCCAUGCAGGUACUUGUAUGUUCCCCAUAGAGUACACGACUUACAAAUGAUAGCACUUGUGAAUGUGCUUCUGAGGAAAUCAGAUUCUGUUUUUUGUUGUAAUAUAAACAAGUAGGCUCAUUAAAUCAGCAACGCUGGACCAUUUUAUUCACAAGAGGUUCUUUUCAGCUGAUGAGGGAGCCCAGCCUGAUUUCAGUUUACUACAAAAUGGAGAUCAAUUGAUUUCAUUAUAAAAGGCUCUGGUAAUUACAAGGUCGCAGCAGCCCAAUCAUUUGAUGUCUGCACUGUUUAUAUUAUUGAAGUCCUUCUUUCCUUUUUUCUUUUUUUAAUCUUGCAGCUUGUUUUUAUGUUUGCCAGGUAAAAACCAACGGUUGAAAUGAUGUAUUAUGAGUGUUCACAAAAUCCCAUGAAUGAGUAGAACCAAUUUAGCAGUCUUGUCAUCAUUAAAGAGUCUACAACAAUGCAGGCAGCUCUGUGAGGCUGUAGCAUAGAUUUAUAGCAAUAACUAGAUACAAGAUCCCAAGGUGGCGCCUAUCCAAUCCAAUGGCGAUGCGCCCCUGCCACAUAUGCCAAAAAAAAAUGUCUAACCCUCAGGUUUACUUUCACAGUAUGCGGCCACUGCAUAUGCGCAGUACUAUUUGUCCUACUGGCUCUGCCCAUGAAUUCCUGCUUUGCUCACAGACUUCACAAUGUGAUGACAUCACAGAUUUCAAUCAUUUUUUUCAGCAUAUGGAAAGUUUUACAAAUAUAAAACCUUGAUCUUUCUUAAUAGAAUUAUUGCCCUUUUAUGCAUUUUGCGGUAUCCUGUAAAGCGUUUUACAGACAACUUUUACAUAAAGGUGGUCUAUGGGAAAUGUUUUUUGGGCCAUGGAGAAUUUUUCCACUACAAAGCCAUGACUGGCCCCUGGGAAUAAUUGGAAGCAAGGCUGAGCUGCUUUCCUGGGGGCCUGGGCUGCACUCAGGCACAGACGUACUCUGAGUUCAAAGUUAACAUCAGCAUGCUAACAUUCUUACAGUGACACUGCAAACAUGUUAAUGCUAAGCAGUUUGCCAAUUUAGCAUGCUGACAUUUGCUAAUUAGCACUUAACACAACAGAGCAACAGAGGCUGAUAGAAAUGUCAUUUCAUUUCAAAGUAUUUAGUAAUUAACUGGGGAACGAGAAUCCAUCCAAUAGCUGCUGUGAAAUGUUUCACACACACACACACACACACUCAAGCACACACAAAGCUGAGAUUAGAAAAAAAAUAAAAUGCCUUUUAACGCUUUACAUCACAUCCACAUCCAUAUUUUUCACCUAUUCAACAUUGUAUGCCUAAAAAAAUACAAAGUAAAAUUUCUUCAUAUCAAAAUCCAAUCAUGUUUUUACUUUGUAAAAUAUGACAUGUGCUUAUGUAAGCUAGUACCAACCAAUUUCAACUAAUAAUAUCAUGACAUCCACCCAUCAAUCGAUCUGCAACUUUAGUCGCACAGAGCUGAAAUUAUUCAUUGGCUGGCUAGCAACAACAUGCUUCAUUGGUAUGUCUUUGGGUGUUGGCCACUACAAUUGUUAGGUUCUGUCCUCCCAAAAUAGGUAUAGUUAGGGGUCCGCUGCCUAGAAUUUCUUCACUUUGAUAUCUGUGACAGUUUCAGGUUAUGCACGAAGCAUCUUAUAGUUAUAUUAAUACUGCUUGAGCAUCAAAUGGACUUCGUCUCUUUUUCCCAUGGAUGUAUAAAGAGAACUGGAUACCAUGUUGAAGAUUGGGCCCCGUUCAUCCCUAUUAAAUUUGCUCAGUGGUGCACAAAGCCAUAAAAGUUCAACUGCCGUGUACAAAAUUACGUGCAUGAUCAGUGCUGCUUCCACAUUGUGUGGCCAAUGGAGAAGGCUCAGUAGAAACUUCCAUCGGUCAAGAUGGCAACUUCCAGUGUAGCGCUCCGCUAACUUGAAUUAAAGGAAUAAAACGAUUCAAUCUUGCAGCUCCUCCUGACCUUCACAGUGUUAUCAGACAAAUGGAUUAAUUCCCAGUAGUGAAACAAGUUGUUCUGUGAGGGUUGUGAAAAAAAAAGUAUCACUGAUUUAAAGACAUCUCUUGCCACAUGAGACAAUAGGAAGUCUUUUUGAGUCCAAAGGCAUGACAUGACAGUGUUACAAUGAAGGUAAUUUAGACUAUUAAGUCUAAAUUAUCCUUUCAACAUCACUAACAGGUCUUAGUGAGCAUUCAUGAUGUUUAACCACAAGGUGGCUGCUCUGCAGUGGGCUAUUUAUAAUUAUCUAGUGCUUUAACUUUGCAGCAUCUGUGGUGAAAAUAAAUGAAUAUGUACUUGGAAUCCAUAGCUACACUAGCUAGAGAGACUCAGGACUAGCCACUGCUAUAGAGGUUCAGCAAAAUUUAGAUGAAAAGGCACUAGGCCAUAGAGGUAUGGUGCACAUUUUAGUUGAUAAAAACAUUUGUACAACUGAACAUGGUAUAUGAAUAUCAAAAUGCUAGAAAAAAAGAACUGUUAUUUAUUUCCAUAUAUUGGUUAUCACUUCUGUGUACUCAGUAUGUACCUCUUUAAUGCAUUACACCUACUUUUGCCAACUAAAACUACAAUGAUCCCCGGGACUGCUGUACUGUAAAAGUACUGCUACCACCUUCUCAAUGCAUAACACAGCAGUAUAAGAAAGCUCAAUCUCUGUGUAUUAUUUUUAUUAUGCCAUGGUUGUUUGUUUAAUAUAAAGUACUUUAUUAUUAUUGGUGACAGUUAUUUGCUGUGCUUUGUAUUGGUUGAUAUGACUCUGUGUUCCUGUAAAGUAUCUGUGUUCUUGUUGACUCUGUGGAGGCUUUAGCCACUUUCUAUGUUUCAUAUAAAACUUAUUUCAGCCAAACAUCAGAUUCCCUAACCCAAAGAUCCACCAGACAUACUGAAUGAAAUAUAUUAAAAAAAACUGUAGAGCCCUUUAAUUUUGCAAACUAUUUCGAUAAAUUUUCUGUACUUUUCUGCACAGACCUAUAAAUAGAUUAUAAUCUGAACGUGUCUUGGCCCAGUGUUUAUUGUAUUUAAAUCAAAGAAAUGUUUUGCUUAUUUCAACUAAUGGUUCCAUUUUAAU